UUCAAAAUCCAACCAAAAACAAAGACGGCGCUUUCUCAUUACAUUCAAAAAGGGUUCAUUCAUCUCUUCUUCAUCUAUCUGCAACACCAUUGAAAGGACCUGAUACCAUACUAACAACAACGUCACAAGUCUAGCUAGCUACUACUAGCGAGACUUCCCUUUGGAAAAAUGGGACGCAACAAGAAGAACAAGAACAAGCAAAAACAAGCCACGGUAGUAGCUGAAGCAGCCAAAGAAGACGCCCCUCUUGAUACCAAUGAUGCCAACAAAAAGGGACUUGCCGAAGCCGACGCGGCGGCUGGAUCCAUGUUGGUAGAUUCCAGCAGUAGCAAGAACAGUCCCAGUGGCACCAAACGAUCGCUGGAGGAUGACGAUGACGACAAGGUGAAACAGAAGGAGGAGGUCAAAUUGACCCGCAAACAAAAGCGCCAAAAAUUGAAUGAAAAGAACAAGUGGCCUCAACAGCCCAAAGUUAUCAAUCCAGAAGCCCGAGCCAAGGCGUACUUGCGCGUGGCUGGCAUUGAAGCCGUCAAGGAAGAUCAUGACCCCACGGAACAACAGCCGGAAGAAGAAAUGAUAGAAGAAAAGAUGAAAAACGAGGACCAAGACGCGGAAUGGCGUCGCUUUGGACGAUUCUUGGGUGCUUCCGAAGCUCGCACGCGGCACAAGGCUGUCAAGCGAUUGAGCCAGUAUUUGAGAGCCAAAUCAGGAUUCGGUCUAGAAGAUGCCAGUGACGUCGUUGGAUUGUCCGAACUGGAUCUGCUCAAGCUGUGGAAGGGACUUUGGUUUACGUUGUACAUGGCAGAUAAAGUACCGGUUCAGGAUGAGCUUGCCAAACACAUUGCCAAGUUGAUGUGGUGUCUGGCUGGGCCUGUCGAAGAAGAUAUUAUGGCUGGACAGGCUUAUCUCGAUAUGGAAAUGGAGCAGCAAAUGGCAUUGGAAGAAGCAGCACAGCAGCAGAAGCAAGAAGAAGAAAUGGAUGAUGACGAGGAUGAAGAAGAUGAUGACGACGAGGAUGAGACUCCCACUAUUCAUUGGAAACGCAACAAAAAGAAGAAAUCUGGGGACAAAGAGGAGGAGGAAGAUGACAGUGAGGACGAGGCCGAAGACGACGACAACGACAGUGAUGCAAUGGAUGAGGACAAUGAUGACGAAGAGGAUCAGGACCACAAACACAUUCGUGGUGCUCCCUUGGCACAAUUGAUGAUUCGCACAUUCUUUCGCACUCUGGUCCGUGAAUGGGGCAACAUGGACAAGUACCGUGUAGACAAAUUCUACACCCUCAUUCGAUACAUUCUCGCCGAAGUCUACAGGUACAUGGCCAAGCGACAGUGGAGUCUCGGGAUCAUCAAACUCUUCAAUGAUGCCAUUGCUGAAGAAGCAUUGAUGCAGCAGCCCAAUGGAGUGCGAUUUCAUCUCAUUGAUAUCGCUUUGGAGGAGUUGACCAAAGUUAUCCACCGCGGCGACAAGAAGAGCCCAUAUUUGCCCGUCACCGAAGCCAUCUUUUUGGAAAUCAUGGAGCCUUUCUUUUGCAUGGCUGCCCAUGGCUUUGGCGACAGGAUUGUCCAAGCAAGGGCCGUCGAGAAGGUGCUGGAAAAGUUUCUCAUGGAGUUCAGUUUGGUGAGUCCACCCAAAGACGACGACGACGAGUCCACCAAACGCAUCAUCCUGGAUCAAGUGCAUGUCAGCACCGUCAGCAAAUUCAUUUUUGAAAUGGCCAGUGAUGAAUCAACACCUGAAUCCAAUAGGAAGAGUCUGUAUGAUAUGCACAAGACGUACGAGCGUCAACGAACGAAAAUGGGAACCGAUCUGCAGCUAAACAGUUGCUUUGACAAGGAGGCUGGAGAGGAGGAAGUGGAGGAGGAUGGUUCCGAUGCCGACUACUUGGAAGAACAGAUCAUGGAAGAGGACGAUGACGACUUGAAGUAUCUCGGCUUUGUCAAAGAGAGCGACGACGACGAUGAUGAAGACGAUGACGCGCAACAAUCAACGAAGGCAGCGGAGAAGACAGCUGCCGGUGAAAAGAAGAAGAAGAAAAAGAAGGGCAAGAAGAAAGGCAAUGACGACGAGGAAAACCAAGGCAUGGCCAAAGCCCAAGAGCCAACCGACGUGAAAUUGCAGAAAAGGAAGGGCAAGAAACUGGACGAGAUGGAUAUCACGCAGCAUGGAGGUGACGAUGCCGAUGAUAAGAAGAAGCGAAAGAAAAGAAAAAAGGACAAGAAAAAGGCGGACAAAAGUGAAGAGCUGGAUGGCGGUGAAGACGUCUUGACAAUCACCAUGUCGGAUCAAAAGGCGGCGAAAGAAGCUCUGAACACACAAGAAGAAUUUGCGGAAGACAAUGACAAUAGCAGCGGACAGGGCAGCAAGAAGAAGAACAAGAAGAAAUCCAAGAAGGACGAUGAUUCAGCCGAUGAAGGCGAUGGGGACACGAAGACAAAGAAGAAGAAGAAGCUAAAGCGACGGGUGAGCUUUGACAAGCAUAACCAAGCAAGAUCGUGGAAGGCUUCCAUGGAUGGUCUGCGAACGCUGGAUCCCUCCGAAGCAGCAUCAAAGACUCCUGAAAAGAGCAUUCUGCUGAACAAGGACAAGAAGUCACCAAUCAACAAAAGUGCAAAGAAAAAAGGGAGGAAGCGUGCAGUGGACUACUUCUAGGCUUACGGUAGAGCUCUUUGCUGCCGUUCCCUGCAUAUUAUGCUUAUUGAGUUUGGGUCUAUGGGAUUGCAUCGAUUGUACUACUGUACUGUUGUCGUAGCACGGAAGAGUAAACAUACAUUAGAUCGCAUUUCCACAGCUCACAUCCUAGCCAGCUAGCUUGUAGAGGAGAGUUUCCAAAGAUCGCAAUGUUCAUGCGAUUCCGUCAACUUCUUUCCACCCAAUCUGCUUGUACUGGUAGAGCCCCGGUAGCUUCCAACUCGAAACCAGCUAUACAUAGCUGAACCGGGCUGCCACGGGAAGGUGAGUGCCUCCACCGCUAGUACAUUAAACUCAAUAGAAAAUCAUUGUUUCUGAGACUACUGGAUCAUGCUCUAGC